AUGAGAUCGAAUAACUCGAGUGGGUGCCACGUGAAGAAGUCUACCUUUAAGAAUGUAAAAUCGACAACGGGUGAGCAACCGGAGCUUGGAGCUUGGAGCUUGGAGGACCGGCUAGGACCGCCACUCGAAGGAGUAGAGUGGAAACUAAGAGUGCAGGAUAGGAGGAGAACCGAAGAAGGGAAUAAAGCCAAAAUCGAAGGCCGAAAGAAAGACGAAGAUCUAAUAGUUGAAGACUCGAAGUCGAUAGAGUGA